AUGAUCGGGAAUCGCCGGUUAUUAACCGCUCAACGUUCAUUAAACGGGAAAAAGCGACUUGACAUUGUGUACCGCUCGAAAUGGAUCACGAAUAACUUCGUUGUAGGUGACCCUUUAGGAGCAGGUUCGUUCGGGAAAGUCUGGACUGUUGAAUGUCGUAAAAAGCCAGCACAAUUAUACGCAUUGAAGGUUCCUGCUCCUGGAUUCAAUCCUAAACACAUAGCCAUGGAACUGAAGGUCAUGCGGACGAUAUCAGGCGGGCCAAAUGUUGUUGAGUUCAUAGCCGCAUAUCGAGAACUAGAUCGGGUAUUUGUAGUGAUGAAUUAUUUCCCCCAUGAUGAUAUUUUUAGCCUUAUUCAUAAAAUUCCUCUCGACGAAGCCCUUGAAUACAUGCGGAAUCUUUUCAUAGCUCUGCAUCAUAUACAUCGAUACAGGGUGAUUCAUCGGGACAUCAAACCUGCCAACUUUUUAUAUAACCGUGCCGAACGAAGGUACCUUCUAGUUGACUUUGGCUUAUCUCAUUUCGUCACUUCAAACUCAUCACGAAAACGUUCAACAGAUAAUUCACCAUCGCUGAAGGAAAACGUUGUCAUUUCAAGUCCAGUCGAGCCACCAAUCGUGCAAACGAUGUAA